AUGGCUAGAGCUGGCUUUUAUUGCAGCGAAAUUAAACCAAAUGCCGAUUGUGCACGUUGCUAUGUUUGUCAACACGAACUUUUGUGGGAUGCUGAAGAUGAUCCUUGGGAAGAACAUCGCAACCACAGGCCAGAUUGUGAUUUGGUAAAAAUCGGCAAACAGGAUGAAAGUGAAUUUACUGUUGAUGAACAGUUGCAAAUUAUGGCUUACAUUUAUAGUUGUCGACAAGUUUGUUUUUUUUAA